GUUGCUGUAAUUGGUCUUACUUUGUUGCCAAGCUGUUUCCAAAACAAAGAAGUGUGUGCUUAUUAUCUGGCACGAACCCUGAGGAGAGGGUUACUUGGAAUUCAAUCAUGGCAAGGUACAGUGCUCAGGAGGUCGUCGACUUCGUUACGGGUGAGGAAACCAGCAGCUCCGAUGAGGAUAGUGUACAGCCCAGCAGUACAACACAGGAGGUUGAAGAGAUCUGCGCCGAGGACGAGAUCUUUCCCUCCCGCAAAAGUGAAAUAACAUGGACAACCAGAGCAGAAGAUCGUGCUGCAGGUAGACUGCCAGCACGACACAUCCUGAGGACACCUCCAGGACCAACGAGGCAGUGCGUGUCACAGGCAGGGGACAUUAUAUCUGCCUUCAAAGCUUUCCUGCCUAGAUCAAUAGAGAGCAUCGUUGUCAGCAUGACAAAUAUAGAAGGCAGAAAGAGGUUUACUAGCAGCUGGGUGGACAUGACAACUGUUGAAUUGGAUGCCUUCAUCGGCGUCUGCAUUCUAGCAGGCGUAUUCAAGUCCAAAGGAGAGUCCGUCGCCAGCCUUUGGGAAUCGAAAUUUGGGAGACCAAUCUUCCCAGCGAUCAUGAGCAGGGUGCGGUUUGAGCAGCUGACAGUGACCCUAAGGUUUGACGACAAAGGAUCGUGGGCAAGUAGAAGAACGGGUGACAAGCUUGCACUUAUCAGAGACAUCUGGGACCUGAGGUCAGGAAAUCUCCCGGCGAUGUACAAUCUUGGCAAGUACGACAAUCUUGGUACGACUUGACAGUGGACGAGCGCCUGGUACCAUUCAAAGGUACGUAAAAUGUGUUAUUUUUUAUUACCGAUCUACAGUUAUUAUAUAUACAUUGCUUCAAGUUUAUUGUUCAAAUAUAGAUCUCAUGUUCAUUAGCAAUGAAUCGUAAUGUAUCAUUGAUUUCGACCAGUUACCUUUUUCAUGAUUUGUGCCCGAGUAGUUAGGAGUUAGAUUG